CGACAUUCUGGUGACCAAAAAGCCCGAAAACGAGUUAUAUUUAGGAGAUUAAUAGAUUUACCGUUCACCAAAAUGGCAAUACGACGACACGAGAAAAAAAAUGAAUGCAAUUGAAGGCGAUAACACUAACCGAUUAUUGAAAGGCCGACUUUCCCUGAAUCUCUGUUUUAUAUUAUCUGUUGUCAUAUUGUUGUGCCACUUCUGUCAGCAUCCAAUCAUGAUACCCAGAGCGGUUGCCUUUACGUCGACAACGCCGACAACGGCGAGGAAGUUCUGUCGCCAUAAUGUUCUACAACGGUAUCGUCAAUGGUUCUCCCCAUUCUAUUUCAGAGACAGCUUUUCUCAUUGCACGCAAGGUAUGUCUAUUGCUAUUCCUCCUGCUGCUCGCCCUCCACCAAGUGUAUCACUGGGAGUGGGAAGAGAAAGGAGGGUCCCUGGACAGAAGCAGCAACGAAAGACCAACGAGCACAGAGACAAACAAGCACAGCGUCUUAUCGAACAGGAAGAAUCGGCAAGACGAAAACGAAUCGAACAAAUGGACCAACGAUUGCAAAAAGCAGCGCGCAGAGAUGUUCGGAUAUCAAUCUUGGAAGCAAAAAUAGCCCUUGAACAACAAGAGCAACAGAAUGGGUCUUCAAAUAGCAACGAAGUAGCAGAAUCGAUUACAGAACCAAAUGGCAACAGUUCAACGUCUCAAGACAUCGAAAGUGUGACAGAUGCGGAAAGAGCCGAGCUAGCAGGUUUGCUUCGCGUUCGGGAGGAUUUUGAAGAACAGUACGACCCGUCGGAUUUUUCGGAAGAGCACCUAAACUUCAAGGACCUACACAACGACGCAUUUUUAAAGUUGGUACAAUAUUGCGAGAGGAAUAGGGGGGACUAUGAAAAGAGCAAAACCAGUGAAACGAAUAAAGAAGAAAACAUCACUAAGGUCUUUUUCUUGGACGGGCCCGAUGCGAGGACGGCCUCUGCUCUGAUUUGGAAGGGAAAUAUGGAUGCUACCCAGUGCUACGUCGCCAACAGGCAUGAAUCUACCUGUGUGUGCCUCCGGCAAUCUGGUGGUGGCUUGCUCCCCGAUGCCAACGUAGUCCAUGCAACAGCCUCAGAGGCCCUAUCGAAGCCAGCCUUCUCCAACGACAGGAAACAGGAGCAACAUCAAGUGGGUGCUUUUGCCCACUUGGAUUUCACCGGAUAUUAUUUUGAUGGAUGCAACGGUUUUGCCCCCCAUAUCGUCAACAUGUUGUCGUCGGCCUUGUUGCGAUUGGAUCAAGAUGACAGUAACGGCCAGAGCUUUCGACAGCAACACCCAAUCGUGGUUGGCUAUAGUUUGAUCGGCGGGGGACACAAAACUCAGGCGACGAUGGUCGAAAACGAAUUGUUUGUCUCGAGGGCUCUGACCACCAUAGCUAGAACAAGGGGAAUGCGAGUGAUUCAGGCCCUAGAUGAUCCAACCCGAUUUGGCCUUCAUCCCGAAACUCCAAAGGUUGCAGCGAAGACCUUCACCACGUGGUUACUUCUGGAGCCGGACGAUUCAUUUUAAAACGAGUUUGAAACAUAAGAACGAACAAGAUGGCGUGA